AUCAGAUCUUUUCGAAGAAAGUGGAGGUGUACGGAAAGAUUUCAGAACGAUGUCAAACAGUCCGAAGCCUGUUAAAAAAGUGCCAAUUCACUUGCAAAGUGCCCAGAAUCGUGUUUAUAUAAAAAACGGAGAGGUUGUCAACCAUGAUAAGUCUUUUAAGGCGGAUGUUUAUAUUGAAGAUGGUAUCAUAAAAUUUGUAGGACCUUCCACUGAUAUAACGAUACCAGGGGGAGUUCGCACUAUCGAUGCAAGUGGUAAAUUAAUCCUUCCUGGUGGAAUUGAUCCCCAUACCCAUAUGCAGCUUCCCUUUGGUAAUGCUGUGGCCGUGGAUGAUUUUUAUCAUGGAACCAAAGCAGCUGUGGCUGGUGGCACUACUAUGAUAAUUGAUUUUGUACUGCCCAAUAAAAAUGAGUCCAUGGUCGAGGCUUAUGACACGUGGCGCAGCUGGGCGGAUCCGAAAGUCUGCUGCGAUUAUGGCCUGCAUGUGGGCAUCACAUGGUGGUCCAAAUCGGUGUCCGAAGAGAUUGGCAUACUUUGCAAUGAGCUGGGCGUCAAUUCAUUUAAAACAUUUAUGGCCUACAAGGGACUCUAUCAAUUAAACGAUUCCGAUCUCCUCGAUGUCUUUGAACGCAUUAGAGGCCUAAAUGCGGUGGCAAUGGUACAUGCUGAGAACGGUGAUAUUAUAGCCAAGAAUGCUAAACGUUUGCUGGCCGAGGGCGUCACUGGGCCCGAAGGACAUGAGCUGUCGCGCCAGGAGGAAGUCGAGGCUGAAGCCGUGCAUCGUGCCUGCAUUUUGGCACAUCAGGUCGACUGUCCACUUUAUGUGGUCCAUGUUAUGAGCAAAUCGGCUGGCGUCGAGAUUGCUCGGGCCCGUCAACGUUAUAACAAAAAGUACAUAUUUGGUGAGACGCUUGCGGCUGCACUUGGUACAGACGGCACUCAUUAUCGCUGCCAGCACUUUGGACAUGCAGCUGCCCAUGUGCUCAGUCCGCCCCUGAGGCCCGACAAAACCACUCCGGAAUUUCUGAUGAAGCUGCUAGCCAGCGAUGAUCUGCAGGUGACUGGCAGUGAUAAUUGUACCUUUAACAAGAAUCAGAAGGAACUUGGCCUAGGUGAUUUUACGAAAAUACCAAAUGGCGUAAAUGGUGUUGAGGAUCGUAUGUCUCUGGUAUGGGAGAGGGGUGUACAUUCCGGACUUUUGGAUGCCUGCAGAUUUGUUGCCAUAACGAGCACAAAUGCGGCUAAGAUAUUUAACAUUUAUCCACAAAAAGGAAGAAUCGCGGUCGGCUCGGAUGCUGAUGUUGUCAUCUGGGAUCCUCAGGCCACACGCACAAUUUCCAAGGACACUCAUCAUCACGCUUGCGAUUUCAAUAUUUUUGAGGGUAUGACAGUGCAUGGAGUGCCGGAGUAUGUCCUGGUGCGUGGUCGAAUCUGUGUGGAAAAUGGUUCAGUUCGUGUUGCCGAAGGAUUUGGUCGUUUCAUUCCCACACCCUUAAAACCAGCCUUUGUUUACGACAGUAUUGAAGGAAAGGCAGAGGAGCAGCAGGUGGAGCAACAAAAUGGCAAUGAGAGCAGUAAGAUUGCCGAACUAGACGCUCAACUAUCUGCUCCGGAGCCACCUGCUGUCAUGUUCUCGGCUAAUACAGCAACCUCUACGCCAGAGGGAGCCCGUGGACGCGUUGAGGGUAUACGAGAUUUGCAGGAAUCAUCGUUUUCAAUAAGCCAGGAACUGGACACUUCGGGUGUGCGCUCAUCCAUCAAGGUAAAGAAUCCGCCUGGAGGCAAAUCGUCCGGCUUUUGGUGAUAUGAAAUCAAGAUAUUUCUCUGUUUUUAUUUUUGUUUAUAUUCUGUUACUAAAUGCUUUAAUUGUCACAAUUAUAUAUAUCCACAAUCAAACAAUGUUUAACAAUCAAAAUAAAGAAGUAAAAACAAAAUUCCAAAAUGAA